AUGGCGGCCCCGGUCGCAUCUGAAGCAGGUGUUUCAGUAGCACAGGCUGUAGCUGCAGAAGAAAAUGUCCAACUUCAUAGGGAUGCGGUCGCAGACGAGCCCAACGAAGGCACAGAUGAAGCUAAAUUCGACAUAAUCGGUGUUCAUGGAUUCCACGGUGAUGAAAAAAAUUGGGAUGAGACGUCCACCUCUGACUCUCCGGACUCAACCCGGCUCAACAGACUUUUCUCCGACAUAACCCCCCAGGGAGGAAGGUUUAUCCCAUACAACUACGACCCAGACGAAGAGUCUAUGGGGUGCUAUACUCUACAAGGGAGUUUCAGAAUCGCUCACAAGCUACUGGAAGUAGUUGCGAAAAGCCGAACGCCUGAGAUAAGAAAUGCAAGGCGACCUAUAUAUUUUGCCUGCCAAGAUAUUGGAGGUGUAAUUGUCAAGACGGUAAGGUGA